GACAGAUUCGGAUUUGGCAGUCCUACCUUUUUUGCUGUGUUCCCGCCUUUUUUUUUUUUUCAGAUCAUCCCCGCUUUCGCCCCGUCUCUCUCCUUCCUUCUUUUUCCCCCCUCCCCGGGACCUCCCAUCAUCAAUCGCCAUGUCACAACCCGAUGAUGAUGACAUUAUUUUUGAGCCUGCAACAAACCGCUUUUCAAUCUCUUCCAGCCCAGCCAUCCUGCAACGGAGGCGCAGCCAAGCACAUGCGUCUCACAGCGCCUCGGCCGCAGCACCGUCGCUGCAGAGCCUCUCUGUAACUCACUCAUCAGCACCAUUGCCGCAGCUACCAUCGCCGUCGGUGGCCGUGAGGACUGUCCCACCCGUUGUCGCUCCGGCUCAGGCGCACGCCACCAAUCCGUCCCCUGGCCCUGUCCGUGCUGAGGCCCAGUCACCUGCUUCUGCUACUCCUCGUCCGUCGUUGCUGCUUGGCAACCACGGCGGCGACACUGAGCAACAGGAGGUUGUCAGCCUCGUUACACUCGAUUCGCCGGACUUGGACCAGAUGGACACGCGCGCGAGCUUGAUGAUGCAGCCGGCCAAAUCCACAGCCAAGUCGUCCGCUGUCGUCAAGUGGCACGCUGUGGUACCGCCUGCUGGGGCCAAGUUGGCGACUGUGGGCACGAGGGACAUGCCACCCCCACCGCCAGCACCCAAGCUGCCAACCACCCGAUCCGUGCCCACCGCGUCGGCAAGUAGUCUCGGUCGGGUAUCAGCGUCAAGCAGCGAUGAGCCCGCUAGCAUCACGCAAAAACGGCGACGCGAUGCAAGCGACGAGGCUCGCGAUGGACCGACCGCUCACCCAAGCAAGCAGCCCCGCCUUGUUCAGCCCGUGCAUCAGAAGGCAACCCCUCGCGGCUUGCCGACAGGGCUUUCAGGGUUUCAAGCAUAUUCAUCAAUCCGCCUAGACCAAAGCUCGAGCUCUGAGAGCACGUCCAACAGCGCGACUUCGCCCAAUCGUCCAAUGCGCACGGCAUCUCGACAGCUGACGCCGCCGAAAACCACUGUAACGGAAUCCACGAGCAUGCUCGCGCGUCCGAGCAACGGUACUGCAGUUGGCGGUAAAGCGCGUCGUUUGGUGCUGUUGGGCUCGCAAGCCGAGAAUGAAGACCAGGCUAGCGGCAAGGCCGCGACUGCUCGCGCAACUGCGGCUCAGACGCAGAGUAACGACAACAAGGCAGCAUUUACACCCGCUCACGACGCCACCGCCCACGCGCCUCCGAAGGACGAAACAGAGUCUCCUGCCAUGCCUGCGCGCAGAUCGGGUGCGUCGCCAUCCCGUCCCGCUCGGGGGAACGACUCGAAGCUUCCGAGUCCUCCUCCCACACCGGAGCAGAUAAAGUUGGGCGCAUACCGCGCAUUAGAUCUGCGACCUUCCAUGAAGACCACCGCUCUUGCGCGGGCUGCACGUGAUGUCGAGUCUGAUGGUAUGGCCUCUUCGACUCCUGCCUCCUCGGUCGGCCAAAGCAGGGUUGACUCCCCUGCAUCCCAGAGUCGGAAUCCGCAUUCAGAUGCUCAUGCCACCAAACUCGCUGUACAAGUUCAUUCAAAACGCAGCGCAGCCUCGUCCGAGGAGGCCUCGCGGCGGCAACCCAAGCACAAGACGUCUGUUUCUUCCGAUUCCGAUUCGGACGACGAGCAACCACGAAUGGGAUUGCUUCAGCCAUCAACCCGCGCUGAUGUCAAACCUCAGCGCAAGUCCAAGCUAAAGAAAAAAGCAUCGAGAAAGUACACGUAUGAAGACAGUGACUACGAAAUCAGCGACUACGAAAUCGACAAAGACAGUGAUCGAGAAGCCGACAACGACAGUGAUCGCGAAGCCGACAAAGACAGUGAUCGCGAAGCCGACAAAGACAGUGAUCACGACGCCGACAAGGAUGAUGAACAGUCCAAUGAAGUGGACUCUAGCCCCGACUCCCCACCCACGGAUCUUGCGGCUUCCAACAUUGAAGCACCACUCAUUGAUGGACAUCGGGAGGAUUGCGACAUUUGCAAACUGAUCGUGCCCGAUUCGGACCUGCUCAUGUGCGACACGUGCACCUCUUCAUUCCAUCUGCCUUGUCUUAACUAUUCUGAGGUGCCUGCAGGCACAUGGCUCUGUCCAGACUGUGAUGCGCGCGGAAAACUAUUUGGCCCUGAAUUUUUCGACAUGCGAGUGUCUGUGGACGUAGGGUUGGCUCAAUACUGGGAAGCGCGAGAACGCUGCAUUUUAGCUUUUGAGAGGCGGCUUAAGGAGCGGGAAACCUUGAAGGAAAGCUUGCUUGCGAAGACCAACAAGCUUGAAUCGGAAAAGUUGGCCUAUGAAAAAGCCCAGGAACAUCACGAGCGCAAGCGCGACGAGAUUCGCGAACAACUUCAGGCCAUGAGCAGUUCCAUCGCGGCUCUUUCCGCAUGGUUUGGCAAAAAUUCACACUCUGGCCCAGCCCAGAGCAAAGCCGACCUUUUCUGGCUGCCCGCGGAGAAACUGCAGACAACGUCGCACACGACUCACCAGCAUCAACCGUCGGCUGAUCGCACCCACGUUGCACAACAACGCGCUCAUCCAGCAGCCAGCACGACCCCAUCCGUCGCACCUGUCGUAAGACGUCAGUUUCAGAUGGCAAGCCGCCCUUCCCCUCUUCCUGCACUUCAAACAUUACCGGCCUCGACAAGUUCACCUCUGCCUCGUGCCAGUCCAACUGCGGUGACGACGAGUACAGCCGCGGCGGCUGUCACAGCCACGACGCCGUCAAGUAGCUCGACUCUGCCUCGUGCUAGCCAAGCUGCGGCAACCAGUUCUACUACUACAACGCCCUCAUCUACUUCAGCGCUGUCUCGUGCUAGUCCAGCUGCGGCGACGAGUGCAACCACCACGGGGACGAGCACACCCACACCCACACCCAAAAUCUUUGUUUUUCAUCGUUUUGAUCCAAAUUGACCCUUCUCAGAGAGUCGUUUUCGCCCCCUUUUUUUUCUUUGGUCUUGAUUGAAUCAAGAUUCCCCUCUGCGCGUCAUGGUUAGAUUGGGUUUGUAUCUUUGAGGCAGUUUGAGACAUUUUAGACAAUUUUUUUUUUCACACAAACAAAAAGCAUUGGUUCUU